AUGCUACUUCAUCCCAUCCCUGGUUGGAAAAUUUUGGAGAUACUCUUUCAUCAUCUUGGUUUCAUUUCUCGCAAAUGUGACCCCUCUCUCUUUAUUCUUCGCUCUAAUGGCAGCUGCACCUAUAUUCUAGUUUAUGUGGAUGAUAUUAUCAUCACAAGAAACAAUUCUGACUUAAUACAACUUCUAAUUGAUCAAUUGCAUUCUAAAUUUGCCUUAAAACAGCUUGGAAAUCUGGACUACUUUCUUAGGAUCGAAGUUAAACAUCUCUCCAAUGGAAGGAUACUGUUAUCUCAAUCAAAAUAUAUUAGAGAUCUUCUUUACAAAGCUGGAAUGGCAGAAGCUAAAGGAAUUUCCACUCCUAUGCCUAGUGGAUGCAAGCUAAGCAAAUUUGGCUCUAACUAUGUACCUGAUCCCUCGCUUUACAGGUCCAUUGUUGGAGCACUGCAAUAUGCUACAUUAACAAGACCUGAAAUUUCCUUUAGUGUGAAUAAAGUCUGUCAAUUUUUAUCCCAGCCACUUGAGGAACAUUGGAAAAUUGUUAAACGCAUUUUGAGGUAUCUCAAUGUCACUUUAUCCUAUGGUCUGGUAUUUCAUCCACCUUCAUCACAACACCCUCUCUCACUUGUGGCCUUUUGUGAUGCUGAUUGGGAUUCAGAUCCGGAUGAUAGAAGAUCAACCUCUGGAGCUUGUGUGUUCUUAGGCUCCAAUCUCAUCUCUUGGUGGGCUAAGAAGCAAUCCCUAGUGGCACAUUCAAGUGCUGAAACUGAGUAUCGAAGCUUAGCCCAUGUUGCAGCUGAAAUUUUGUGGUUGCAAUCUCUUUUGCAAGAGCUCCAAAUUCCAGUUUAA